AUGAUGUUCUUUAUUCCCACAGGAGAAACUGAAAAUGUGCCAGUGAGUAACCCUGCAACACAGAUUUCUCAGUUACAGGCACUGGCCUCUGAACUAAAAACUGGUUUCACUGAAGCAAUGCAGGAACUUUCAAGAAUUCAGCAUGGAGAGUAUGCUCUGGAGGAGAAGGUUAAGAGCUGCCACUGCACAAUGGAAGAGAAAGUGUCAGAGAUGAAGAAUUUGCUGAACUCUUUCAAGGAGGAGCUCAGUGAUGCCAAGUCGAAGAUUGAAGUGAUCAGUGCCAAGCAAGAGGAAAUGCAACAGAAAAUUGAACAGCUGCAACAAGAGAAACGUCGGGAAUCCCGGAAAGUGAAAACUAAAAGAACACAAAAGGAUGAACAUGGGUCACAAACGGUGCCUACUCCUCUACAAGGCAGUCCGUUCCGAUCGAUAAAUCUCCCGGAACCUGUACUGAUUAAUGAAGAUUUUACAAGUCUUUUGCACCAUGCAACCUAUGAGAGAGUCUCCGAUACCAGAUCCAUGGCGGCUGGAGAAGGAAAUGUGAAAGUAGUGUCAGGCACUGGGGGGAGCAGUGCAAAUCCAGAGACAGAAGAAAGCCUCAAGCCUUCCUUGCCAGCUGACAUUCAGCCAAAGGGUCACCCCCCAUCGACUGUGUGGAAGCAGCCCAAGGACAGCAAAGAGUGGGGUGAUGAAUAUAUUUCUAAGGAGCACCCAGACAGAGUGAAGGAAACAGGCCAAAGCAGAUACACCUCAGUGGACAAUGUCUUAUGUGAAACUUCUUUCGCUGCCAAAAGACAGAGCAUCGCUUUGGAGCUGCUGGAGUCUGAGAGGAAAUAUGUCAUCAAUCUGUCCCUGAUCCUGAAGAUCAAAGCCACAUUGCAAGGCUUAGACGUGAAGAGGAACACCAAAGAGAGAAGUUUCUUCCCCGGUUCUUUACGAUACCUGGUCCAGCAGCAUGUAGACUUACUUCACAUGCUGCAAGAGAGGGUGCUGAGUUGGCCACGUCCAGGAAUCCUGGGAGACAUAUUCCUGAAGUUAACAAACGAUGAGAACAAUUUUCUGGACUACUACAUUGCUUACUUGAGGGACCUGCCGGAAUGCAUCUCACUGAUCCACGUGGUGAUUCUGAAGGAGGUGGAAGAAGAAAUUAAGUCUGACCUCUACAUGCUGUUCUUUCAUAUAGUCCAGCGUAUCCCCGAAUACCUUAUUCACUUACAGAACAUCCUGAAGUACACCGAGCAAGAGCACCCUGAUUACUACCUGCUCCUGGUGUGUGUGCAGCGCUUCCGCAUUUUCAUCUCGCACUACAGCCUGCUAUUACAGUGCAACGAAGACCUGCUCAUACAGAAACGGAAAAAGCUGAAGAAGUCGUCCCUGGUUAAGUUAUACAAAGGUCUGGCUUCUCAGUGUGCCAGUGCCAGCCAGGAGGUUUCUCAGACACCCAGCACAACAGCCAUCCGAGACAGCGGGAUCCACUCCGAAGAGGUGAUGCAGCCGUUCCCAGCAGCCCCUUCUUCCAGCACAACAGCCACUAAACCAUCUUUUCCAUUUUAGGAGCUACAUGCAGAAGACAACACCAGGUUCUGCCAGAAGGAUGACAACGAACAAACAUCCUUCAGCGAGCACAACCCACGGCAGGAACCCAAAGGGGGCUUCCGGAGCUCCUUCCGCAAGCUCUUCAAAAAGAAAUGAGCAGCCCGGCAGGAGGUGGGCAGUGAUCUGACUGCUACAGCUCUUCCCCUGAGCCCUGAGAUAGCCAACAGAAAACAAGCCAGGGCUGCAACUUCCAGGUCCACGCCAACACAAUAGAAAAGAGCGGGGAGGUUUCCAUUGCUGACUCACAAAAGCAUCUGGCUCUCCCUAAAAGCGGCGGGGUGCACGGUGGAUCAAAACGGAGAUUGUUAGGGGUGGAGCAAAUUGAUUUGGUGACAAUAGGAACCCACUGAGCCUUCACCCAAAACCUAAACUCAACUUUCCAUCAACUCCCACCCUCAAUCAUUUUUCUCUGCCCUGCCAUGUUCCUUUGAGGCCCAAAAGGAAGUGCACGUGGGAGAGGCUGCACUUGUAGGUUUUCAGACUGCCUGGAAGCGGGAAGAACUUGGCUGAACAGGAUUCCCAGCUUGAUAUUGCAGGGCUGAGAGGUUCUGAUGAGCUUCGGCAGGACCCUGGCUUUCUGAACUUCACCGUCUCUAGCAGCUCUGCUGUAACUUUCAUUUUGCAUGACUCCCUCUGAUCGUUUCAAUGCUGUAGGAACAGUUGCUCUUGCUGCCCAUGUUCUUAUGAUAUAUGAUUUGUAUUUUGGCAGCCCUUAGUGAUCAUGGCCCCAUUAUGCGAGGCGCUUGGUCACAUGUGCAGUUUACAGGUCCCCUUUUAUUUUUUUGCUAUAGAAAACUCAGCCUGGGGCCUGCAUCUCACUGUGUCUGUACAGCACCUGGCACAAUGGGGCCGUGAUCUUGGUUGAGGCUUCCAAUGCUACUAUGGUGAACAAUCGUGACUGUAUGAAAGCUCCGUACCUUCCCUGGCCUAUGCAGUAUCUCGUGAAUUAACCUGGAAUCAAUUAGUUUCAUGUAUUACCAGAUACAAGUUUUUCCUGAGGUGUGAGGAUUCUUCCCCCCCACCCCCCAUAACGAAGCCAUGAUUUCCCCCCCCUGCUCAUGCCAUGGCAAACCCUUAGCCUCAGAAAUGAUAGCGACACAGAAAGUUACCUUAUAUCCUUUAGUUAAAAUGAAAAACGGAACAGAAGGAAAUCUGUGCCCUUCCUGAGUGCUACACACUGAGCUCUGGCAGCAAGAGCAGUUGUUUAUGUAGGUUGUAACUCUGGAGGCAGUUUGUUUAUGGAUUUGUGUUACUCUAGCGGCUCGGAUGCCACCUGGGAUUGGACCUCGUUGUGCUCGGCCCUGUACAGAAUAAGAGACAGCUCCCUGCCCCAACAAGCUUACAAUCUAAACAGACAAGAGCAACACAUGGCAAAGGAAAGGUAUAGAACAUACAAGUAAAGCUCCCAAACCCCAGAACCAUAAGGCUGCAUGGAUCUCUUGCCAUUUCCCUGGGUACUUACACUGGAGAUGAGACUGACUAGUAUAUCGGAAUCCUCCUAUCAAAAUUACAAAUGGAGCCACGGACCUAAAAGGUGACCUGGCCCGUUCCACUGCCCCCUUGGGAUUGGGCCCCACUGUAUGGCUGGUGCAUCUGAAAUGUGACAAGGUUGAAAUCUGGCUACAGAAAAAGAAAGGAUGACCCCUCAGAGAGACAAACCUGUUGAGUUCUUCUCAGGUUUCCCUCUAUUAGUAGAAUAAUAGUUGUUAUUUAUUUGUAGUGCCAUAGCACCUAGGAACCCUCGUCAGGGACCAGUGGAUCCCACUGUGCUUGGGGCUGUACAAACACAGAACAAAGACACGGCGUGUCCCCCAAGAGUUUACAAUCUAAGUACGAGAGACGAAUCAAUAGAUAGAUACAGACGGAGGAGAACACGAACAGUGCAACAGUCCUGGUCAGCAUGAUCAGCAGUGGUGUCGGCACACCAGCUGCCUAACGGUGUUUGUAGACAUUGAGGAGGACAAUGAGGUAGCUUUGUGGCUGUCUAUGGGGAGCUCCUCCCCAGUGCGAGAGGCAGCAGAGGAGAAAGCACCGAGGGGCUUGUUUGAAAAGGCAACAAGUGGGCAAUGAAGGCUGGCGUCAUGGGCCGAUCGGAGGCGGGAGUCGACAUUUCAAUAGCAGAUGAGAGGCAGGUGGGGAUAAGCCUUGAAAGUGAAGACAAGUAGCUUGUGUGUGAUGCACGAGAGAAGGGGGAGCCAAUGAAGGGAUGCAAAGAGAAGGGGGAUGUGGUCAAAGUGACGGGCUAGGACACUGAUCUUCUCAGCAGCAUUCAGAGUGGAUAUGAACAGGACAAGAUGACAUUAGUCAAAGACAGAGGGAAGGAUGUUGCAUUAAUGAAGAUGUGAGAGGAGGAGAACUUGGAUGAGUUCUAGCUGUGUGGAUGGACAUGAAAGGCUGUAUCUUAAGAGAUGUUGUGCAGCAGGAAUCUACAAGAUUUAGACAUAGCUAGAAUGUGAGAUUUAGAGAGACACCCUAUUGCAGGCCUGAGUAACAGGCAAGAUGGUGGUGCUGUCCACAGUGAUUGAGAAAGGAAGUAGGGUUUUCGGGGGGAAAUUAGGAGUUCCGUUUUAGCCAAGUUUAGCUUCAGCUGGUGGCUACACAUCUGUGAGAUGUCGUCAGAGACUGGACAGAUUUUAGUUUGGACAGAAGGAGGCAGUCUAAAGGAGAGAGGUAGAUCUGCGAGUCAUUGGCAUAGAGAUGACAGUUGGUUGUGUGUUUGGAUGGGAUUAUCCAGCAAAAGCUGUAGGGGGAGAAGAGAAGGGGGUCAAGGACAGAGCCCUUUGGAACACAGGGCUGGAUUAAGGAGAUUGGAGUGCAGGAGCUAAUGUUUUUUGGAGGCCUCCCAGUAUUAAUGAGAGGAAAAAGUACCAGCUUAUGACAAAUCAACAAGUCACGUAUGAUACUGAAUAAACAUGAAAAGAAAAUCAAAAGACAAUGAACAGGUUAUAUAUUUCUUGGAUAAACAUGAAAACAUAAAACCUUGAGUCACAUGAAAAUGUUGCUUGUUUAAACUGACAUCUUGUGAGCUUUAAGAGCUGCAAAUUCAGUUAUUGUAUCCUCAGAUGACACUGUGCAAAGUAAAUCCCAUUUAAUUGACAUGAGAGAAAGAGCAUUAAAGCUUCACUUCUACUGUAGUUGACCAAAGAUGAUUUUUUUUUUUUUUGGAUUAAGGAAAGCUUAGAGAACAAUUGUUCUGCUUCAGUUGGCAAUGGCUGCAAUCAAAUACCGUCUCAACACAAUGAAGAUAUUCAGGAAGACGUUACUCAAAGCAUGCAAAAAGUUGAUGAUUCCAGUAGCACUUCUCCUGCAUGUCACAGUAUCUUUUAAAUGCUGAACAAUAAAACAUUUCAGCGAAAGGACCAGGCUCUAGAUCAUUUGGGUAAGCGUUGAGCAAUGCCUGAGUGCAUGUUUGCGUCUCCUCUUCGCUUUGUUCAAGAAAAAUAAGGAAGCCAAAUUUUGCAGAUAGUUCAGCAUAACAUUCACUCCUUGUUAGUUCCCAACUUAGUUUAUUGAGGAUAACAUAAAAACAUUCAACUUCAUAUUUCCUUCUUUCUUGUAGUGUCACUUUCAC